AUGGAGCAAUAUACACUAUUGAACACUUUGAAGUUUACCUAUCCCUCCAACUUAAGUGUAGGCUUAUCUGUAUUGUAUAAUGAUACUGAUACAGAGCUAGCCAAGAUGCCUGGAUGGGGUUCAGCAGCUAUAUUCGGUGUAGGAUGACUAGCUGCUAGUGCAGCAGCAUUAUACAUCACGAAAAGAGCCUUCUUUUCGAUGUAUCGGCUGUAUAAAACCAUCGGCAACGCUAAGGAGAGGUUAGCUAUAACUCCAAACCCAAGGAAGAAGAACCAAAAAGUGUAUGUUGUUGUAUAUGGAGCCAGGAAUCAUGGCAGCAGAGCUUUCUGCACAUAUCUUGCGGAACAUGGCUACUCUUUAAUCAUCAUUGACAAUGACCAAGCCGCCCUGAACUCAGCAGAAAAACAUGUCCUCAAAGAUUUUGCCGAUGUCAGCAUCAUGAAAGUGAAAAUGGAAGACUUCGAUGAAGGAGAAAUACUCAGGAUUGUAAAGCAGCUUAACAAGUUUGGAGAAAUCAUCAGAGGGCUUGUGAUCACGAAGAAUGUCAUGCUGAACGAGCAGAAUAGCAAGAAGUUCGAAGGGCUCAAUUAUGAUGAGAUUCACACUAUCAUUCACGAUAAUAGUGAAAUGAUGGUUGGACUGACUAAUGUUCUCAUUAAGCCAAUUAAGAAAGCAGGAAAUGGAUUCAUAAUUAACCUUCGUAACAUUAAAUACGAGGAUGAGGGGGAUGCUAUUUACUGGGAUUUGUUGCACCACUCUACCACGAACUUCUCACUCACUUUCAUGGACGCUAUCAGAAAAGCAGAGACAGAUAAAGAGAAAGGAAGCAAAGUGAGCUUAAUCUCAGUGAAAGUCAACUAUGAGUCAAUAAAGACUGAUGCGCAGAAGGAUAAGCUAUGUUCGAAGACAUUUAGCCAUCUUGGAGUGACAGAUACAAUAACUUAUUAACCAUUGUUUGGAUAGUUAAU